AUGUCAGAGGAAGCUUCACUGCACCACUAUUUAUUUUCGGAAAACCAGUCUUGGCCUCUUACCUUUUCUGAUAAUUAUAACAGUAAUGUUAAUGAUAUUUCAAACAGUGGUGAUACUCAAGAGAGGAAGAAGGCGUCACUGCCUCCUUCAGGCUCUAAGAACCUGAAGCGAGGAAGAGAAGGAGAUAUAGGAUCAAGUAGUGGCAUUGAUAAUAAUAAUAAUAAUGAUAAUGAUAACAAUAAUAAUAAUAAUAAUAAUAAUAAUAACAAUGAUAGGGUUGUGAAAGAAGGAAAAGGUGGCAAUAGUGGUGGUGAAUCGGAUGAUCAUGAGAUUCACAUAUGGACGGAGAGAGAGAGAAGGAAGAAGAUGAGGGACAUGUUUAUUACUCUUCAUGAAUUGCUUCCUCAACUUCCUCCUAAGGUUGAUAAAUCCACGAUCGUGGACGAAGCGGUGAAGUGCAUCAAAACCCUACAACAAACUCUCCAAAAGCUCGAAAAACAAAAGCUAGAAAGGCUUCAAGGAGUAGCAACGUUCGGAUAUGAGCCGCAACCAUUGUUAAUCAACUCACAGAAACUAGCUUUGAAAUCGAGGGAGGCAUUUUUAGCUGAUCAUGGAUCAUCCACAAACUUCACCAUUGAAGCUGCCACCAGUAAUGUUAACUCUACAAAUUUGGUUUCAGCAUCACUGCGCCCUGUAGUCUUCCAAACAUGGACUUCAGCCAAUGUUGUUUUGAAAAUUUGCGGAGAUGAAGCACAUAUAAGCGUGUGUUCGCCGAGGAAACUUGGACUCUUCACCACCAUUUGCUGUGUGUUGGAGAAGCAUAAAAUAGAGGUGAUUUCUGCUCAAGUUUCCUCCAACUCCAACCGAAGAAUGUUCAUGAUUCAUGCACGUGUGAAUAGAGGUUAUGGUCAGUUGACGAGGGCAGUUCCAGUGGAAGAAAUAUAUAAGCAAGCUACAAAUGAGCUGACAGCCUUGAUCUCUUCUUGA